AUGAACUUCGCAUCGUCGACGACCGUUGAACCGCCGCCGCUCAUGAAUCCGGGAGUCGAGCAUCUCGCCGAAGCACCGGGGUCCCUCGCCAGAUCCAUCCUCGUGGCGCUCUGUGAAGACCAGAACGUACGGGCACAGGCGCUGCGCCAACUCGACAGGCUCAUGCGUUUCGAAGCCGACGUCCGCGGGCACGACGUGCUCAAAAGCCCAAACAACUCCAUCUCGAAUUCACCAAGUCCGAAGAAGAGGAAAGCGACAGGGGAUCCCAAAAUAUGUGUCCAGUGCGACGGCAUCUUCACCGAGGACGACAACAUGUUCGGUUCCUGCUCGUAUCACACAGGCGAGAUGGAGCUCAUGGAUGAGACGGUCAUCGACCUUCUGCCGGCGGAGAGGGCUCUGUACGAUCUGGACACCGAAGACAUCCGUGCCAGACACCCGGAGGCCUUCCGGUGGUGGUGUUGCUACGCCAUGGGCAACAAGCCGGGCUGCCGGAGGGGCCGGCACGAGUCCAACCCGGACAAGAGCCGGAAGGGCCGCGGCGUGGUCACGGACCUGGACGUCGACCCGUUGAUGCUCGACAUGGACGACGACGACGACAACUCAUCUUCACAAGGAAUCGGCGGCGGCGGCAGCAGCAGUGGCAGCAAUCAACAAAUCUGCAAUAACCGGCGGCUACGUUGA